GGGAUGGGGCAGGGCCGGAGGAGGGGUGGCAGGUGUCGCUCACCUGUGCCGGCCCCUUUGGGGCGGGGGUAGGAACCAGGAAAUAAACAGGAACUGAGCCCAGGGCACCUGCUGCUCCGAUCCAGGGGGGACAGAACCCAGGAGUCCUGCCCUCCCCCUCCGAGGGGGCAGAAACCCGCCCCCUCCCUCUUUGGGCAGGUAGAAGCCAGGCGUCCGGCCCCUCCUCUCCCUCCCCCUCGGGGUGCAGAGAACCCAGGCGUCCGGGCCCCCAGCCAUGGCAGCCCCCCCGCCGACGCCCCCCGCGCUGGGCGAGGGGUUCUACCCCUUCCCCACGGAGCGGCGGGGGGGCGCCGGGGACCCCGCCCCCGAGGAGCUGGGGGUGCUGCUGCAGCGCCGGGAGCAGGACCUGCUGCUGGCCGCCGAGCUGGGCAAGAUGCUGCUGGAGCAGAACGAGGAGCUGCGGGGGCGCAGCCAGGCGCUGGCCCGGGACCACACGGCCGCCCUGGAGAGGCUGGAGCAGGAGAAGUAUGAGCUGCGCCGGCGGCUGGAGUCGGGGGUGGCCGAGUGGGAGACGCGGGUGGCAGAGCUGGAGGGGGACCUGGCAGCCCUGCGAGCCCAGCUGGGCCACCAGCGGCUGGAGCAGCAGGACACCAGCCGGGAGAGCUCCCAGGUGGCACAGGAGCUGUCGGAGCAGAACCAGCGCCUGGCCGAGCAGCUGAGCCAGGCCUUCCAGCUGGAGCAGCGGCUGCAGGACGAGCUGAUGGCCUUGCGGGUUGAGAAUCGCACCCUGGGGAUGAGCAGCGCCGAGCACGCGGCCCGGACCCAGAGCCUGCAGGCCGAGAACCUGAUGCUGCAGGAACGGAAGCAGGAGCUGGAGCGUCAGACCCGGCAGCUGCGGGAGGAGACCGAGGCCAUGCAGGGGCUGGUGGAGACGCUGCAUGAAAACCUGCUGCUGCUGCGCCGGGAGGUGCACGAGAAGGAGCUGCAGGCCCAGCAGCUCCGGGCCGAGGCAGAGGAGCUCCGAGUCUCCAACAGGUGGCUCCAGCGCCGGGUAAGGGAGAUGGCGGAUGAGAUUCGUCUCCAUGACUCAGAUGCGUCGCUCGCCUCCCUGCAGUUGGAGAUUGAGCAGAGCGGCGAGGGGAGCCUGGAGCAGAACGGGGGGCUUGCUAAGCCCCUGGCCAGGACCGUCUCUGAGGCUGCCCCUGGGGGUCCGAAGACCCCAGCCCGGGGGUCGGAAGAGGAGGGUGAAUGUGCUAAACGGGUCUUGGCUCUGACCCAACUGGAUCAAGACCUGUUGAGACAGAAAGAGGUAGAGAUACAAAAACUCCAUGACCAGCUGACCCUGCAGCACGUGCAGCUGGGCAGCCUGCGGGGGGAGCUGGCGAGCCAGAGACGCCUCUUCCAGGAAAGCGACCGGGACGAGACCCUCAAACUGGCCGUGGCCGAUCGGGACGAAGCCAUUAUCAGGAAGGGCCAAAUGGAGCUGGAGCUGGCCCAGGUCUCUCUGGAGCGGGACUCCAUGAGCCAACAGCUGCUGGCCGCCAUCCGCCAGAAGAUGGCGCUGUGCCAGGAGCUGGAGGACUGGCAGGACGACAUGGAGUUCAUUAUCAAGCAGCAGCUGAAGCUCCAGUGGCAGCAAGAAGGGAUCCCCACAUCCCCCCUGGCUCUCUCCAGGACCCCGGCGCAGGCCAAGACCUCGCCUUUCUUUCGGCGCGGGAACAGCGCCCCCAAUGGCACCAGCUUCCUAUCGCUCUUCAAAAAAAGCUGAGACCCUGGGGGCUGGUUCUGGAGGUUCUAGGGGGUGGAGAGGAAGAGGGGUCAGGGUGGGGUGAGUGGACACAAGACACCAGCACCAAACAAAGGAAGCAGCCAGACCAGCUGGUACUGAGGUGCCAAUGAGAGGAGUCUUUGGAUAACUAGCUGCAAGGUCACUUAACAAGAUGUUCUAGGUCACUCAGCUAGAGAGUCUGUCCAGAGGAUUUGCUGAUACGCCACGGCAAGUUCCAGGUCUCCAAACCCUUCCUCUCUCAAUUGCCCAAUUGAUGUUCUAGGUGGGUCAACAGAGCCAUUCUAGGUACUCAGCCUCCGAGGUUUAAUGCUGCACGUUGAACAAGCAAGGGUCCGGCCAUGGGCUGUUCUAGGUUACCCAAUCCUAUCUAACUGGGUAACUGUAGUAGCUGCCCACGGGGUGCUAGGUUCUCUUACUGCACAAGCUGUUGGCUAACUGUAACCAUCUGUAUACUCCAUAUUGACUGGACUAAGGUUCUAGAUUAUCCCACUGAGUGAUCUAUAUUGGCCAGCUUUAUACUACUCGAUAUGCCAGGGGCGGGCAAACUUUUUGGCCACAUCGAGUUUCCGAAAUUGUAUGGAGGGCUGGUUAGUGGAGGCUGUGCCUCCUCAAACAGCCAGGCGUGUCCUGGCCCCAACCCCCUAUCCAAUUCCCUCUGCUUCUCUCCCCCUGACAGCCCCCCCAGGACUCCAGCCCCAUCCAACCCCCCCCGUUCCCUGUCCCCUGACAGCCCCCAUAGGACCCCUGUCCCAUCCAACUCCCCCUGAUCCCUGUGCCCUGAUUGCCCCAGAAAUCCCUGCCCCUGAGUGCCCCCCGCCACCCCAUCCAACCCCCCUUCCUUCUUGAUUGCUCCCCGGGACCACUGCCUCUAUUCAGCCCCCUUGUUCUCUGACCUCUGACUGCUCUUACCCCUAUUCACACCUCCGCCCCCUGACCACCACCCUGAACGCUCCUGCCCUCUAUCUAACCCCCCGUUCCCUGCCCCCUUACCACGCUGCCUGGGGCACCGAUGCCUGCGGCACUACAGCCGUGCUGCCCAGAGCACCAGGACAGGCAGCCGCACCGCCCGGCUGGAGCCAGCCAUGCCACCGCCCAGCACAGAGCACCGGGUCAGGCCACGUCUCUGCAGCCCGGCUGCACGGAGCAUUGUGCCGGUGGUGCAGAGAGCUCAGGCUGCGGGGGAGGGGGACAGCAGGGGAGGGGCCGGGGACUAGCCUCCCCAGCCAGGAGCUUAGGGGCUGGGCAGGAGGGUCCCUGGGGCCGGAUGUGGCCCGCGGGGCAUAGUUUGCCACCUCUGGGAUAUGCAGUAUUGACCAAACAGGAGUUCCCUGUUAUCCUGCUGCAUAAUCUAGGUUGGCCAACUCUAUUCAACUGGAUACUCCAUAUUGAACAAACUAGGGUUCUAGGUUAUCCUACCUGGUUAUCCAACCCUUCUCACGAUGGCUUGACAAACUGGAUGGUGCUGAUUAGCCAAAUGAGUUUCAUGUGAGCCAAUUGAGUGUCCUAGGUUAGGAUACUGGAUGUGUGAGGAUACCCAGAUGUCCCUUUCUAAAUUGGCCAGUUGGAUUCCCUGUGGCGGUAGCAGUUACGGUGCGUGAUCCUAGCUGGUGUUCUUGGCUACACCAUUCACUCCAAGUGGAUGCACCGUGUUGACAAAGACAUGGUCCUACGUCCUAUCCUGUUUGGGGUUCUAGAUCACAGAACUCACUUCAGGGGGACUCUUCAUUGCUGGCCUGCCCCUCUAUACUUCCCAAUGGGAGGUUUGGUGUCAGCCAAUGGACAGUUCUAUAUCACCCUACAUCCUAUUAACUCCCUUGCCUGUGGCUCUCAAGCUACCAAGACACGUUGCUCAUCUGUUUUUUUCAGAUGAGGACUCAGGACUAACAUGCAUUAUGUGCAGACAGAAGGUGCAGAACAGGGCAUCUGUAAAAAAAUCUGCUUCAGGUUUGGGGGAGAGGUUCUAGGUGACUCAAUACAAGGCACAAAAGGUGGCUGGCCAAAACACUAGAGAAGCCAAGAGAAAAGAGGCCAUGUAAUAACCCUCAGCACUGACCCUUAGCCAGCACCUUCCACUUGAUUAGCACUUUAAUAACCCUGAUUAACCUCCUCAACCCAACCCCCGUAAACUGAGUCCCUAACCUUAUCCCCACUUCACACGGGGCAACCUGAGGCACGGAGAGGUGAAGGGACUCGACCAAGGUCACACAGUGGCAGAGAAGAGAACCCAGGAGUCCUGAUGCCCAGCCCCCUCCGCUGCUCUAACCUACUAGGCCCUGCUCCCCUUCCACAAAGCACCCUCCUAACAGCUACUUGGUGCGAGUAUUUCCGACUCAAGCAGCCGAACGUUUGAGGUUCUAGAUUCUAUCACACACGCAGAGCAGGGCUCAUCCCCCUCCAGCAGGGGGCAGAAUAUUUUCCUCCCGUAUCUGCUCAACGUGCCCCGUGCACCUUGGGUUAUUAUAUGAUCAAAGGUCUAUUUAUCUACACAGGGAACAUGCUCCAUUACUAACCAUUCGUACGGCGCUGACUCAGAGGCGGCCAGUCUCCAACACGCUUGGGUUGUGAGCAGGGAUUUUCUAGCCUGCUGCCUUGUGCAAAUAUCAUGUAUGCAGAGUGAGCGUAGAAAGAGUUGGUUACUAAUCGCUGUG